AUGGAAUCCAACUCCGAAGCAAUCAACAUCGAAAUCAACAUCAGUAACCUCAACCGCGCCCUCCGCUCCACAUUCGGCGCAACUCAAGCCCAACUCCGCCUCACGAAGAAAGACAAACUCCCCCUUCUCGCAUUAACGAUCCUCGCCUCGGACUGGACAGAAGGAAACAUGGCCCUGGCAACCGGCGAAACCUACCGACAAGACCAAGACGUCGUCGGCGACAGACGAGCUCGCGAGCGCGAAACGCGCAUCACGCAGGAAAUCCCAAUCAAAAUCCUGCACGAGACUGUCGUUGAGGGCCUGCAUGAGCCGCACUGUCCAGACCCAGACGUCCACAUUAUCCUGCCCAGCCUGUCGCAUUUAAAGAGUAUUUCGGAUCGAUUUACCAAACUUGCGUCUGCGGAUCCGAAGGGUCGGCAGGCGGGUAUUGGAGUCAGCCUCCGGGAGAGUGGAAAUGUUACGGGGGCUGCGAAUGUGCUUUCUGCGAAUGCGGCGCCCAAGCUGGAAUUGUCGGCGAAUAUGCAUGGGAAGUUGCGGCUAUCGAUUGCGACAGAUGAUUUAAGGAUUGCGAGUGUUUGGGAUGAACUGGUUAACCCGCCAUUGGAUCCGGCGCAUAUUACACAGGAUCAGUAUUCGCAGUUGCCGAGUGAGCGGAUGCGGGAGGUUGGAGAUGAUGAUGAGUCUGGGUGGGCGAAGGUGAGGAUCGAUGGCAAGGAUUGGAGUCGUGUGUUGAGUGUUGGACGGUUAAGUCCAAAGGUCGUUGCUUGUGAGUCCGUCUGA